UAUUAUCGCCGGCAACAAAGAGGCAAUAAAGACAAAGGGGAGUAUAAAGCAAAUUCCCAGCAGUCGGAGCUCCAGACCUCAGCUUUGCGAGCCGUCAGCCAGUUGGGAUUGUCCAUACCAAGUACAUCUGCGCAAUGCCACGCCCAGUUCUGCUCAUCCACGGCGGAGCCGGUGAUAUUCCGGACUCCAGGAUCGCGGGGAAGUUCGUGGGCAUAAAGCAGGCCCUUCGAGCCGCCUGGGGACUGCUGAAUCCGGCUGAUGGCAGUGCGGGCAGUGCCCUGGACGCCGUGGAGGCGGCGGUGAAGAGCAUGGAGCUGGACGAGAGCUUCAACGCCGGCUACGGCGCCUGCCUGAACACCAGUGGCCAGGUGGAGCUGGAGGCCAGCCUGAUGGAGGGCCGCGACCUGCGAGCCGGCUGCAUAACCCUGCUGCGUGAUGUGAUGCACCCGAUAACGGUGGCCCGGCGGCUGAUGGAGAAGCAGCGGCACACCUUCCUGGGAGGCGAAGCAGCCCAGGAGCUGGCCCUGGCCACCGGCAGCAAGAAGCUGCCGCCAGGAGCCCUGGUCACCGAGGGAGCCCGCUUCACGCUCAAGGAGUUCCAGCAGCAGGUGGCCGACGGCAAGGAUCCCUUCUAUGCGCGCACAGAAAUGGCCGAUGACAAGGCGGCGCCGAAGCCAACGACGGAUCCCAGCGGUGAGACCGUGGGCGCCGUGGCCAUGGAUGCCACGGGCCAGAUUGUGGUGGGCACCUCCACGGGCGGCAUCACUGGCAAGUGGCCGGGUCGCAUCGGCGACACUCCCAUCCUGGGCAGCGGCACCUACGCGGACAACUGCCGCGGCGGCGUCUCCACCACCGGGCACGGCGAGACCCUCAUGCGGUACAAUCUGGCCCAGCGCAUUCUGGCCGCCAUCGAGUACAAGGGGCUGUCCGCCCAGGAGGCCGCCGACCAGGAGUGCCGCGAGAUGACCAGGCGGCUGGGCGGCACGGGUGGCGCCAUUGUCGUCGGCCACUCCGGCGACCUGGGCAUCAGCUUCACCUCGCAGCGCAUGGCCUGGGGCUACGUCCAGGACGGCACCAUCUUCUACGGCAUCGAGGGUCAGGUGGUGCACCAGGAGCCCUUCACAGUGCCCACUUAGGCGGGGCAUCUUAGUACUAAUUUCACAAAACUAAUAAUAUAAUUAACAAUUACAAGAUAGGCUGGUUUUUAUAUUUCAGGAAAAUUAAUGAAUGCAUUUAAUAAAAUCGCUUUUGGAUUUAUUUACACUA